GAGUCCGACGAUGAGAGCAUGAGGUCCAAGAGAAAGAGACACAGACCCGGUUUCGACCCCUGGCACGAGGUUGCAUGCAAGUCCGCCCAGAGUCUCAUGGCUUUCCUUGUGGCAUACUUCGGAUGCAUCAACGAGGCACAGGCCUUCCGCUACCUCUACAGGGCCGGCGCCAAUCUCCUCCUCGCCGUCAUGCUCGUCUAGCACGACCUCUACCAUACCAAGGAGGAGGCACUGGACCCUGAAUCCGACAGGACCAAGGCCACCCUUGAGUGGGCGGCCACCAACGCAGGCCACUGUUCGCCCGCCACCAUUGCUCAGGUCAUGGCAAUCCAGCUCAAACAGGGCGACCUCGACCUCUUCAACAGGCAUCUGUUUUCGGCCAAUGACCCUCUCACGGCUGAGGAUGCCCAGGAAAUCCACCGUGGGUUGCACAUGAUGAUGACCCCGAUGUGUGUUGCCAACAUUAGCAACACCAAAGAUGGGCUGGUUGUCCAUGCCCGCCACAACCUCGACGAUGGCGCUAUCUGGUCCGAGACAAAGCCCCUUGUCUCUUCUAGUGCAGCAGCUCACACCAGGAUCACCUCCACCACCUUCCGCUGCGAUGGGACCGCCAUCUCGUCUCUGCAGUCCGGACUGCCUAGCAAGCUGCAAGAUUGCCUGACGAUAGCAAAUUUCCAGAAACACUUUCUCAUCGCCUCGUGCGGUGGCGACAACUGCGAUUACCUGCAGUCUCUCAAGAUGUACCUCUAUGGCAUGAUUCACAACCUGUACGUCCAGGCCUUCAAGAUGCUGCACGCACCCUCGGGCUCCAUCAUGCGCAGCAUCCUCAUGGCCGGCCAUUGCUAUGGCCCCUGUGACCCUCUCUCCAACAUCAUCAUUAACUCAGUCUGGCAUCAGACGUGUGGCUCCGUUCUCCCGGCUUCUGACCGCAUGAUGUUGAAAGAGUACAAUGACAUCCUGGACCCCCUAUCUCUGCUCCGCCUAGUUGUCCGUUCCCUCGAGGGGCUUGCAAACCUUGCUUUGUCCGGAAGGCCGAAAACGCCUGGUCUCACAUAUAACCAAUGCGCAAACUAGUGGUGGUGUGUUGUGCGUCGAUGACAUCAGAUUUCUUAUGUCGGCCUUGUGGUCCAAGUUCAAAGAAACAUCCAGACCUCAAACUAGUGGCACCAUGCAAGCUCCUGCUCCUGAACUUAGUGUAGAGGCCUUGAGGCGGGUAUCAAGCGUGAGAUCACAGUAUGAGCAUUGGAGGAGCUGGCUGCGUUCAAAGAUUGAACAGGUGCUCAAGGAUUAUACGGACCAUCAUUUUUGGGGACCAAAGUAUGAACUUGAUUUUAUAAUUGGUAUGGAUCAAAGACAGGAAGGCUGCGCCCCCUUCACUGAUACGUGCUACCUAGUGAACUUCAUGGCAACUUGUGAUGAGAAUGUUCUGAGGACCCUAUUUUACGCCGAGUUGUGGUACGCAACACGCAAGCCAAGGACAGCGGCAUUCUGCUGCCCUCUGCCCUAUGCAUAUGCGGGACGUUGCUACUAUGACAUGAUUUCCGCAAGGAAGAUUGUGUAUCCAGAUGACGCCAAGUACAUCAGUGACGACAAUAUCACCCAUAAGGGAACCCGCAGCGUGGAUGACAUGCUAGAGAUGGACCUCGUGCACUUCAGUUCCGAGUUGGACGUGGAGCUCGCGCGGAAUUUGAACAUGUCGGAUUCACAGGAUGAGCCGAAUGAGCCCAGUUCAGAUUCAUGGGCGCCGGAUGAGAGCAGUCCCGAUUCAGAUUCAGAGGAUGAGUUUGUGUCUCUGGAUGAGUGAGUCUUCUCUCCUCCGUGGACACGGCUAGAUAGGAGUGUGUGAUGCUAUCAGCUGUGAAGUGAGACCAUAUAUGAUGCUUCCUGCUGUGUGUGUUAUGAUGUCCUAAUUAAUUAGCGAGCAUUCUGCCAUCAGCAAGUGGAUGACAUUGCGCUGUGACAUUCUGUACUUUAGCACGUUUGGUUUCCAUAAACUAGCUAGCUGCUACUACUGUUAUGCGUCGCUGCCUUAAUUUGUUCACUGCUUGGCCUUGUUAAAUGCGCUAUUCUUCAGUCGUUGGAUUCACA